AUGUUUUUCUCCCACUGGCUGGCCGCCCUUUUGGGCGGCUCACUCGCCGUCCCUGGCGCCCUCGCCGCCAUCGUCCUCAAUGUGGACGAUCAAAGUUCCCUCACAUCCGCCGCCAAAACCGUCGCCAUGGACAUGGUCAAUUACUACAAUGACCGUGACUCUAAGGACAUCCCCGGCAAGUUCGAUGGUACGUGGUGGGAAGGUGGUUCGAUGUUCAUGAUCCUCAUCCAGUACUGGUUCUUGACCGGCGACUCCCAAUUCAACGCUGCCAUCCAGGAGGGCAUGUAUUGGCAGAAAGGAGACGACAACUUUUUCCCAUCGAACUAUAGUCAAUACCUGGGCAAUGACGAUCAGGUCUUCUGGGGUCUGGCCGCGAUUACCGCGGCCGAGUUGAACUUCCCCGAGCUCAACAACCAGCCGUCCUGGGUCUCCCUCGCCCAAGGUGUUUUCAACACCCAGGUCCCCCGCUGGGACACCAGCAGCUGCCAUGGUGGCAUGCGCUGGCAGAUUUGGCCCUACCAGAGUGGCUAUACCACCAAGAACGCCAUCUCCAAUGGCGGUCUGUUCCAGCUGGCCGCCCGCCUCGCCCUGUACACACGCAACGCCACCUACGCGGAGUGGGCCGAGCGUAUCUGGGACUGGAGUGCCACCACGCCGCUCCUCAAACAGAAGAACUGGAACAUCGCGGAUUCCACCACCUGCGAAACCCAAUGUACCGAUCACGGGGACUGGCAGUGGACCUACAACUACGGAACCUACAUCAGCGGGGCCGGUUACAUGUAUAACUACACCAAUGGAACGGCCGAGAAGUGGAAAGAGGGCAUCGACGGGCUGGUGGGCUCUUCCAACCAGUUCUACCCCACCGCGGGCUACAACAACGCCGACGGCAACGUCCUGGUGGAGAUCACUUGCGAACCGGUCACGAAGUGCGACCGGAAUCAGAUCACCUUCAAAGCCUACUUCUCCAGCUGGUUGGCCUUCCUCACCACCAUCGUGCCCGGAUCCAGCGCCGAGAUCAUGCCCAAGCUGAAGACUUCGGCGCAGGCCGCCAUCAAGACGUGCACGGGAGGCACCGACGGCACCCUUUGCGGCAUCCAGUGGUACACGCAAGCGAACGACAACACCAACGGCCUAGAACAGCAGAUGGCGGUGCUCGGAGUGCUCAAUGCCAACCUGGUCCCCUUCAAGAACCAGGCGCCUUACAGCGCGGACACCGGCGGUACCUCGAAGAGUAACCCGAGUGCUGGCACCAACACCUCUGACAACAGUGUCCCGACGCUGAAUAAUGUCACCACCGGUGACCGCGCCGGUGCCGGGGUCCUGACCUUCAUCUUCGUGACCGGCUGGGCGGUGGCCGUCACCUGGAUGAUACGUGGUGGUUAA